AUGGACAAGUUCAAGGCAAUGCUGGGUGGUAAGAAGGAGGCGAAGCCUGCCAACAACACCACCACCAACACCACCACCGCACCUGCGACAACCACGACACCAGCAACCACCUCUACUCCAGCAACCACCACGGUACCAGCAACCACCAACACUCCCGCAACUACUACUACUCCAGCUACCACCACUGUCGUUGCCGGAACCACCGCUAUCAAAGCCGAGAAGCCCAUUAAGAUGUACUCGCAUGCAGGAGGACCCAACCCAUGGAAAGUCGCCAUUAUCAUGAACGAGCUCGGAAUCCCUUACACCACGGAGCUACUAGAAUUCGAGAACAUGAAGAAAGAGCCUUUCGAGUCCGUCAACCCUAAUGGCCGUGUCCCCGCGAUCGAGGAUCCAAACACUGGCCUUACGCUCUGGGAAUCCGGAAGUAUCAUCCAGUAUUUGCUGGAGACCUACGACACGACCAACAAGCUCAGCUAUGCCACCGGCAAGGAGAAGUGGGAAGCAUCUAACUGGUUCCACUUGCAGACAUCCGGCCAAGGUCCUUACUGGGGCCAGAAAGCAUGGUUCACUCUCUACCACCCAGAGAAGGACCUCACUUCCGUCCUUGAUCGAUACUCCAACGAAAUCCGCCGUCUCCUCGGCGUCAUCAACAGCCAUCUCAAGAAGUCUGGCAAGCCAUACCUCGUUGGCGACAAGGUGACUUAUGCGGAUCUCGCGUUCGUGCCGUGGCACUGGCUCGUUAUCUUGCCACCUCACCUGAUGGGUGCGGAGUUUGAGAAGGAGUGGCAGACCUCUUACCCCGAGGCUUGGGCUUGGAACCAGCGUCUCCAGGAGCGCCCAAGCGUCGUCAAGGCCAAGGAGGAGAGACUCAAGGCUAUGGGAAUGUAA